AUGAGCAUCAGCGCCUCCGAAGACCCAGACCGGAUUGCCCGGGAUCUCGAGAUGUUCGCCGCCUGGACAACGCCUAAAGGAUCGUCAUCGGCGGCUAAGGUCGAUGGCCAGGGCACAAAAUCUGCCGCCAUUGAGUUCGCAUCUGCCAACUCAGCCACAACCUUCGCUUGGUCGGCCAAAUCGAGCUUUUACUUUGAGUACGAGGACAAUGAAACCCGCCACACUGCCGACUUCCCCUCUGGCUAG